AUGAGCCAACAAGCGGAGAAUGAGGCAGGGGAUAACGGUGCUGCGUCGUCACCGGCGCGUCCCCUGCGUGUGCGUACCAUCGAAAUUCUCUGGCACUGCAACGACCGCAACGAGGAAGCCGAACUACUCGGCAUGCAGAGUAGCGUCAUGGAGGGCAUCACCAGCGUCGACUACAACCCCCGAUUUGACCGCAUCGUCACCACCGGUGGCGACGGCAACAUUCGUCUGUGGGAGAUGCACACGGCGGCCAUCGACGCGUGGCUGGCGAACAACGCCAACGAUAUGCUCGCGUGCUGCCAGCAUUUGUGUUGCAUGCGCACCGCCUGGAUGCCGCUCACGGCGCGCUGGUCACCGCAGGGGGAAAUGAUUGCGAGCGCCCACUGCGACGGUAAGAUUUGCCUGUGGUGGCGCGACCCAACAGAUGAGCCUUCCGCGGCGGCUUCUGACGGCACACGACAGGCGAACAGGGGGCAGUCAAGCGCGGAAGACGGAGAGGUGGAGGAGUGGAAGGCGUACCGGCACUUGACCGGGCACAUCAGCGAUGUCUACGACCUGUGCUUCUCCGCCGACUCGCGCUACCUGCUCAGCGGAGCCGGGGAUGGAAGCAUCGUUAUCCACGAUCUCGAGGCGUCGACGAUGCCGGUGCUGCAGCUGACCGACCUGCACACGAAGUUUUGCCGUGGUGUCGCGUGGGAUCCGUGGACGCGCCUCGUGCACACUUUCGGCUGCGGGCCCUCGUUGCUGUGCUUCACCCACGUGCCGAGAGGGGAGGGGCACCGUCGCAUGCACCUCGCGGGCCAGCGCAGGUGCCAGGGCGACUUUAUUGGUGAGUCCUGUGCACUGUCCUACCGUCGGCUCAGCUGGUCACCAGACGGUCUACUGCUUGCUGUCCCGUAUGGCAAGUUCACCAAGUCAAGUCAGCAGCAGGCGCCCAGCACCGCUAACCUGCUCGCCAGCAUUGAAGCGAAGGAGCGUGCCGAGGCCCAACAGACGGAGGCGGGGCAGAGUAUGGAUGAGAGAAACAGGUUCUCUGAAGCAGCGACAGCAGCAAACGUAAGCACAAACACCCCAGCUGCCGUCAAGUCUCCAGCGCAGCCGCAUGAUCCCGCGUCGCUGACAGCGCGUACCGUGGAAGACGAGGUAGAAGACAUGCUGCACUGCGUCUACAUCUACAGCCGAUGUGCUCCUGACAAAGUCGCGUGUCGACUCGGUGUGCGUGGCUUUAGCGAGGUACGCGGCGUGCGAUGGGCUCCAUGCUUCUUGGAGCCGCUGUCGGCGGAAGAACUCCAAGAGAGUAACAUGCAGGUGUCGCAGGCGACGGCGCAAACGGCGACCGCCAUGAGGGGGAACCUAUCACCAGCUGCUGAAAAGAAGGGAGGGGAAAGUGCUCUUUCGUUACUACCGCCACUACUGCCUUCUGCGUCAAAGGUGUUGUCGUCCACCGAGACGGAGGCGGCUCGUCAGCGUCGGGGUGCCUGGGGACCGGCCGACUACCGGAUGGCGCUGGCCGUCUGGACCUCCGACGCCGUCAUUGUGUACACCACCGACUGUAGCACCCGCCACAGCGACUUUACGGACUUGCACAUGCGCAGCAUCACCGACGUCGCGUGGAGCCACGACGCCUCCCACCUUUACACCGCGUCGCUCGAUGGGUACAUCAGCGUGAUUGCUUUUGGCGCCUCCCUCGCGAUGUCGCACCGACUUCCCGCCUUCUCCACGUCCCCUGCUGUGCGUUCGCUCUGCACUUUGAUGGAGCGGAUUGAAAAGGUGGGGCUGAGCAUCGAAGGUAGUCGUAGCAGUGGCAGCGGCAGUGCAAUGAAAAGUGGUGGUCCCUCCGCUUCAGCGGCGGUGGCGGCAGCGGUGGGGGAUAGUGGAAGUGGCGCAGCUGCGCCUACCGCCACGACAUCCGUAGUGGUGGUGCGCAAGAAGAGAAAAGUCGAAAGGCCCUCCGCACCGCCACAUGGAGAAGAAAAGAAGAAAGACGUCGAUGUGCAGCAGCUGGAGGCGCUCAUGUCGGACUUGAUGACGAUACAUUGA